AUGACGUUCAAACCCUCCCCGCUUGGGAAUGAAGUGCGCCUUCUCAGUCUGGCCGUCGUUCACAUGUUGUAUCUCUUUGCUUACCCCUCUUUACCAUCAUCAGGGUACGCAAAGUUCACGAUUGGCUUUGACCUGGAGAAUCCAGAUGUAACCGUAACCGUGGGGCAUGCUAUUCGGCUGUAUGGAGAUGAUGGUAAACUGCUCCCCAUAAGUACAGUCUAUGGGGAUAUAGUAUCCACACUAAAUGAGUUUGCUAAAAAGUACGAAGAGAGUAGUAUCGUUAGGCUCACGCUACGAGUCUAUACUGUUGAGAAUAAAGUUGUAGGGGCAGCCCCCUCAGGGGAGGGGGUAGAGAAAUUGCUAGAGGAGGUCAUCCGUAUGGACUUCCCACAAAAUGAGUCAAAACCUAUCCGUGCUGAUGAGAUCAGACAUGGUAAGCGUAGCUACGCCCCCCCCUAUAUGACGGCGGUCAAAAAGGGAAAAAGAGACGGUGAGCGAAAAGCUUUCGUUGUAGCUGAUCUAGAGACAUUAAUAACCGGCGAGGAGAACACCCAUAAGCCGUAUGCAGCGGGUCUCAUGCUUGUUCUCCCAAAGGAGCCUGUCAAGUACAAUAGGGUGGAAACUUAUUUCAGCGAGGACUACAACAUAACAAUAAACUCCUUUGAUGAAAGGAGUAGUAAGGUGCUUGAGGACUUUGUGUCCAGAAUUGAGCAUAUAGCUAAAGGUUUUAGGCCCGCCCUAACAAUUUACUUCCAUAACUUAUGA